AUGGAACAGGAUCCUGGAUUCAUCGCUGCCGUGGAAGAGGCCAAGCAGGGUCUGGCCGAGGGCGGAGUCCCCAUUGGUGCUGCGUUGGUUUCCAAGGAUGGCAAGAUCCUCGGUAGAGGACACAACAUGCGCGUCCAGAAAGGCAGCGCGACGCUACAUGCUGAGAUGUCGGCUCUGGAAAACUCUGGACGUCUCCCCGCCUCUGCCUACGAGGGUGCCACCAUGUACACUACCCUGUCGCCCUGCGACAUGUGCACUGGUGCCUGCGUGCUCUACAAGGUGAAGCGCGUUGUCAUCGGCGAGAACAAGAACUUCCUCGGCGGCGAGGAGUACCUCCUCAACCGCGGAAAGGAGGUGAUUGUGGUGGAUAGCCAGGAGUGCAAGCAAUUAAUGGAGAACUUCAUCAAGGAUAAGCCGGAGCUUUGGAAUGAGGACAUUGCUGUUUAG